CACAUUUUGUCGCCACCAUCAUCCUCACUUGCACAGUCGUCGUUUGGCGCCCAGACGCCCCAUCCCACGCCCGAGUGACCAAAGCACAGCGCAUGGCUCCGCCGUCCACCUAAUUCGACCCCCUGGAUGCUGUCGGCCGACCAAAUCUCUAAUUCCCUCAUCCCGGUUUUCCUCCGCCCAACCCUCCCGCGAGCCCUCCACCCUCGAUUUCGGCGGUCUUGAUCUUUCACUCCCCUUCACCACAUUUACCACACUCUCAUCACACUUCACUUCGAGGGGGCCUGCUCUCCCUCUCACCUUCUUUCACGAUGGCGGGCGACUUCAACGCCGACGGCGCGGCCAAGUACCAGUUCGUUGUCGUCGCGAUCGUCGCGUGCGGCGUCUUCGCCGCCGGCGUCAUCACCGUUAUGUACCGCCGCCGCCGACAGCGGAUCCUCGCUGAGCGCAUGGGACUCGGCGGCUUCCAGGGGAGGACGCGUCUGCUGCUGAGCGACGGCGUCAUUAUCGACAUGCCGCCAGGCCGAGGACAGGCGCAGCAGCCCCGCAAGAAGCGCCCUAAGCUGGGUCCUGAGCCCAAGCUGUGGGACGUCGAGGUCGGCGACUGCGUCGUUCUGGACGCGCUGGACGCGCCGGAGCAAGAGGACAGCGACAUGGACAGCUUUGAAUCUUCGAUCGACGAGGGCACACCUAUGAAAGGCAAGGGCGUCAACAAACUGGACGUGGACGAGUGGCAACCUGUGGCUAUCAACCUCCCACCCCACCCGCCCCACAACCCAGAGGACCCCAACUCUGUUCCACCUCCCCAUCCAAACGCCGACAUUACGCUUCUCAUCGCCAUGCCGUCCCAGUCGUUGUCGUGUCCUCCCGACGAUGGUCAGCUCCCCCUCCUCCAUCUCCCACCCUCCCUGUGUCCGCGUGACGCCGACGACUUCGAAGAUGGCGGCUACUCUUUCCCUUCCGUGCAGCUCGGCUCGACAAAUGUGCGGGUAGAAGCUGACUGGGCCGACCUGGACGCGCUCAAGCCACCCAAGCCGCCCAAGCCACCACGGACGCAUCGUCCUAGGCGCCGAUACGAACCCAGUCCCAUUGAAGGCUUCACGCGAGGCCUUUUCCGCAACAGGGCUGUCUAGACAUUUGUGUUGUAUAUUCACCUACUCGUCCUCUAAUAGCCCGCGCGCGGGCAUGCGCAAUGCAACUAAUAUCUACAUACGUCGGUAGACAAUACAAUC